AUGGGAACGUGCUUACAUAAAAGAUGGACUUAUGGCUGCUUUGCUAAGGUUCACGGCCAUCUGAAGGUCAUGUCACGGUUUGUGGCCCUCGGGCUAAUAACAUUCUUCCUCCUGAGUCAAAAGACAGCUUCUGGACAGACUUUUAACAUCUUCCAGUCGGAGCAGAGAGAGUGGCCGCUAAACCAUCUCGCGGUACAUCAUUCCACGGGGGCCCUGUACAUUGGUGCCGUCAACCGCAUAUACAAGCUGACGGCCAACCUCACACUGCUGGUGUCCCAUGCCACAGGGCCAGAAUACGACAACAAAGCGUGCUACCCUCCUCUGAUUGUGCAGCCAUGCUCGGAGCCCCUCGCCUCCACGGACAAUGUCAACAAGUUGCUGCUCAUUGAUUACUCCCACAACCGUCUCCUGGCAUGUGGCAGCCUCUACCAAGGCGUUUGCAAGCUUAUGAGGCUGGACGACCUGUUCAUCCUUGGAGAGCCCACACAUAAGAAAGAACACUACCUAUCCAGUGACACGCAAACAGGGACCAUGUACGGGGUGGUCGUGCCCUCAUUGGCUCAAGACGCUACACUAUACAUUGGUACCGCAGUCGGCGGAAAGCAGGACUACUUUCCAACUAUCUCCAGCCGCAAGCUGCCUCGCGACCCAGAAUCGUCCGCCAUGCUGGACUACGAGCUUCACACUGACUUUGUAUCAUCGCUGAUAAAAAUCCCUUCAGACACCCUGGCUCUUGUCCCGCAUUUUGACAUCUACUACAUCUACGGCUUCGAUAGUGGCCAUUUUGUCUACUUCAUGACCGUCCAGCCAGAGACUCCAGAAAAUGGGAUGCCCUCCGGGGGAUCUACUGGUGACCUUUUCUAUACCUCCCGCAUCAUCCGCCUCUGCAAAGGUGACAAGAAGUUCCAUUCCUACGUGUCACUUCCUGUGGGCUGCGUCCACCGGGGCGAGGAGUACCGUCUGCUACAAGCUGCUUACCUGUCCAAGGCUGGCAGAGUCUUGGCCAAGACGCUUAAUAUCGGCGUCCAAGAUGAUGUGCUCUUUGCCGUGUUCUCCAAAGGCCAGAAGCAGUACCACGACCCAUCCGAUCACUCCGCGCUGUGCGUUUUCACCAUCCAGGACAUUAACACACGAAUCAAGGAGAGGCUGCAGUCUUGCUACCAAGGCGAGGGACACCUGGAGCUACACUGGCUGCUGGGAAAGGACGUGCAGUGCACCAAGGCGCCCGUCCCCAUUGACGACCACUUCUGUGGCCUGGACAUAAAUCAGCCUCUGGGGGGCUCUCAGCUGGUGGCAGGCCGCACGGUUUACAAGGAGAGUCGCGAGAGGCUGACCUCGGUCAUCUCUUAUAUCUACAACGGACACAGCGUGGUCUUCCUGGGCACCAAAAAUGGGAGGCUUAAAAAGAUCCGCGUGGAUGGACUGCUGGACGCUGGAGUCUUGUAUGAGACAGUGACAGUGACGAAGGACAGCAGCCCCCUCCAACGCGACAUGGCCUUCUCACUGGACAAGACCUCACUUUAUGUCAUGUCUGAAAAUCAGGUGGCCCAGGUCCCCGUGGAGGCCUGCGAGCAAUAUGGUACGUGUGCAGAAUGCCUGAGCUCUGGGGACCCUCACUGCGGUUGGUGCGUCCUGUACAACACAUGCUCAAGGAGAGAUCGCUGCCCGAGGGCAGACGAGGCCUACCGCUUCAACAACGACAUUGACCGCUGCGUGAAGGUCAUCGCUCACCCAGAUAGCAUUGCGGUAUCAGCCCACAGUGUCCCACUACUGCUGGAGGUGAACAACGUCCCAGACCUUUCGGUGGGAAUCACCUGUACCUUUGGCCAGCAAGCUGAGGUGGAAGGCCACGUCAAUGGCAACAGGGUCAUGUGUCUGUCCCCAGCUGGGAAGGAAGUUCCACUGAUACCAGAAGGGCAAGACUGGGCUGGCGUGGAGUUGCGACUGAACUCUAAGGAGACGGGUCAAAUGGUCGCCAGCACGGAAGUGAAGUUCUACAACUGCAGCACGCAUCACAUGUGUCUGUCUUGCGUAAACAGCACAUUCCGCUGCCACUGGUGUAAAUAUCGGAACAUGUGCACACAUGACCCGAGCAGCUGUUCCUUCCAGGAGGGCAGAGUCAAUGCGUCAGAGGACUGCCCCCAGCUCCUCAAUUCCGGGCAAAUCCUCAUUCCUGCCGGUGAGGUUCGACCCAUCACCCUGAAGGCCCGCAAUCUCCCGCAGCCGCAAUCAGGACAGAGGGGCUACGAGUGCGUGGUGAAUGUGCAAGGCGUCGGCCACCGCGUCACGGCACUGCGCUUCAACAGCACCAGCGUUCAGUGCCAGAAUAGUUCGUACAUGUACGAGGGCGUGAAGAUCAGCGAUCUGGCAGUGGAGCUCUCCAUCGUGUGGAACGGCAAUUUCAUCAUCGACAAUCCCGAGAAGAUUAAAGUGCACCUGUACAAGUGCAGUGCCCAGCGAGACAGCUGUGGCAUGUGCCUGCGGGCAGAGAAGAAGUUCCAGUGUGGCUGGUGCAGCAGUGAGGGCAGGUGCACCAUGAAGCGCCACUGCCCGCCCAUUUCGCCCUACGCCAGUCGCUGGCUUGACUUGUCCACUGCCAAUGUCAAGUGCACCAACCCACGCAUCACCGAGGUGAGCCCAGUUGCCGGACCCCUUGAAGGCGGCACACUGGUCACCAUUCAGGGCCUGAACCUUGGCCUUUCUUUCUCGGAGCUGGAGGACAAUGUGAAGGUGGCAGAAGUGCAGUGCAUCCCGCGGGAGGAGGGUUACAUCACUGCUGAACAGAUUGUUUGCGAGAUGGCUGCCGCCCCUAAAGGAAGCGUGCCAGGCCCAGUCAAGCUUUGCGUGGGUGAAUGCAGACCAGAACUACAAGCGCAGUCCAACCAACUCUACUCUUUUGUGACCCCUACAUUGCUGGCACUGACCCCAGGCAGAGGGCCCGAGUCUGGGGGUACCAAGGUCACCAUCGUUGGAGAAAACCUAGGCGCUGGCAGCUCUGUCACUGUUUACUUUGGCAACCAAACAUGCGAGCUGUACAGGAGGACCACGUCAGAAAUUGUUUGCUUCUCUGCUCCAUCUGUGACUGGGGCAGGACUGGUGCAAGUCAGUCUGAGGGUCGACCGGGCCAAGGUUCCUGAUAGUCUGUCAUUUGAGUAUAUACAAGACCCCACAGUGCAGCGUAUUGAACCCCUGUGGAGCAUUACAAGCGGCCACACUACACUGACUGUGACUGGGACCAACUUGGACGUGGUGCAGGAGCCGCGGGUCCGAGUCAAAUACGCCGGCCACGAGUCUGUCAAUGUGUGUAAAGUGUUGAAUACAACCACCAUCAGCUGCUUCGCUCCUUCACUGCAGUCCGAGUACGAUAGCGGAAAAGUAGAGAGUGUCAAGCACGUGGACGAAUUUGGCUUUGUCUUCAACAACGUUCAAGCUCUGCUCACCUACAGCAACAGCAGCUUUAUCUACUACCCCAAUCCUUACCUGGAGCCCCUGAGCCUCUCAGGGAUCCUAGAGCAGAAACCAGGCGCACCCAUUAUUCUAAAAGGUCGUAACCUGGUGCCAUCGGCGUCGGGCGGCGCUCGGCUGAAUUACACUGUACUGAUCGGGGACACGCCCUGCUCCCUCACAGUUUCUGACACCCAGUUACUCUGCGAGCCACCCAACCUCACCGGCCAGCACAAAGUUCUGGUCCAAGUGGGAGGACUUCACAUCUCUCCGGGCGAAGUUCACAUCCGCUCUGACAGCCUACUCACGCUGCCGGCAAUCAUGAGCAUAACUGCUGGGGGAGGGUUGCUUCUGGUGGUGGUCGUCAUUGUCCUGCUCGCCUACAGGCGAAAAUCUCACGAGAACGACCUGACACUGAAGCGGCUGCAACUGCAGAUGGACAACCUUGAGUCUCGCGUUGCUCUGGAGUGCAAGGAGGCCUUCGCCGAGCUGCAGACAGACAUCAAUGAGCUGACUAGCGACCUGGACCGAGCUGGCAUUCCCUACCUGGACUACCGCACUUACUCUAUGAGGGUUCUCUUCCCUGGCAUCGAUGACCACCCUGUGCUUAGAGACCUGGAGGUGCCGGGGAGCGGACAGGCAAGUGUGGAGAAAGCCUUGAAGCAGUUUGCACAGCUGGUGAACAACAAAGUCUUCCUGCUGACGUUCAUUCGCACGCUGGAGCUGCAGCGCUCGUUCUCCAUGCGGGACCGCGGCUACAUGGCCUCGCUCAUCAUGACUGCGCUGCAGGGGCGGUUGGAGUACGCCACCGACAUCCUCAAACACCUGCUCUCGGACCUAAUAGAGCGCAACCUGGAGAGCAAGAACCACCCCAAGCUUCUGCUGCGCAGAACUGAGUCAGUGGCAGAGAAGAUGCUGACCAACUGGUUUGCAUUCUUGCUUCACAAAUUUCUAAAGGAGUCCGCCGGCGAGCCCCUCUUCAUGCUGUUCUGUGCCAUCAAACAGCAAAUGGAGAAGGGCCCUAUCGACGCCAUCACUGGCGAGGCGCGUUACUCCCUCAGCGAGGACAAACUCAUCCGACAGCAGACAGAAUACAAAACGCUGACGCUGAGCUGUGUGAACCCCGACAACGAGAAUAGUCCGGAGAUCGCAGUCAAGGUGCUCAACUGUGACACCAUUACCCAGGUGAAGGAGAAGAUCCUUGACGCCGUGUACAAGAACAUGCCUUGCUCCCAGCGACCACGAGCUAAUGACAUGGACCUAGAGUGGCGUCAAGGCAGGACGGCUCGCGUGGUCCUUCAGGAUGAAGACAUAACCACCAAGAUCGAGGGUGACUGGAAGAGACUCAACACGCUGCUCCACUACCAGGUGACAGACCGGUGCGUGGUGGCUUUGGUGCCCAAGCAGAUGUCGUCAUUCAACAUUCCCUGCUCGGCCAGCUUUCCAAGGAGUAUCAGUAGAUAUGGCGUGGACAUCCCCUUCCGGUCCACGCCCACCAGCCCCGACAGUCCCCACUCCCGCGUGCCCAUGUUGACCCCGGAUCUGGAGAGUGGGGUCAAAGUUUGGCACUUGGUCAAGAACCACGAGCAUGGCGAUCAGAAGGAGGGCGAGCGAGGCAGCAAAAUGGUGUCGGAGAUUUACCUUACCAGGCUCCUGGCGACAAAGGGCACACUGCAGAAAUUUGUGGACGACCUAUUCGAGACGCUCUUCAGCACAGUGUGCCGAGGAACAGCCCUGCCGCUAGCCAUCAAAUACAUGUUUGACUUUCUGGACGAGCAGGCCGACAGACAUGGCAUCUACGACAUGGACGUCCGCCAUACUUGGAAGAGCAACUGCCUUCCCCUGCGCUUCUGGGUGAACGUGAUCAAGAACCCGCAGUUUGUCUUUGACAUUCACAAGAGCAGCAUCACGGAUGCCUGCUUGUCUGUGGUGGCCCAGACCUUCAUGGAUUCUUGCUCCACUUCUGAGCACCGUCUAGGCAAAGAUUCACCCUCCACCAAGCUACUCUAUGCCAAGGACAUCCCACACUACAAAAGCUGGGUAGAAAGGUACUAUGCUGACAUUAACCGCCUGCCAGCCAUCAGUGAUCAGGACAUGAAUGCCUAUCUGGCUGAGCAGGCACGCCUCCACUCCAGCGAGUUCAAUGCGCUCAGUGCCCUCCACGAGAUCUACAGCUAUGUCAGCAAAUACAGCCAGGAGAUCACGGAGGCGCUGGAGCAGGACGAGCAGGCCCAGAAGCAGAAGUUGGCAUAUAAAGUGGAACAGAUCAUCUCAGUCAUGUCUGCCGAGAGCUGA